AUGACUAGUCAUAAUCAAAGAAUCCGUACAGGCGGUGCUGGCUCCAUUUUAAAAGCCAGUAGUGCCUCCGGCUUGGCAGACCUCGGGGUGCGUGGGGCUGCAGGGUCGGGCCAUUGCGACGAAUCUAGCGAACGCCCAAAGUCCUUCCGUGUUGGCACGCUCAAUGUGGGCACAAUGCGGGGUAAAGCUAGUGAAGUUGUGGAGACAAUGACACGGAGAAGAAUGGACUUGUGUUGUCUCCAAGAAACGAGGUGGAAGAUGGAUGGUGUCAAGAUAAUCGACGGUAAAGACUCGCGCUACAAGUUCUUCUGGUCCGGAAAUGACAAGGGUACUAGUGGGGUAGGAGUAUUACUGGCGGAGGAGUGGUGGGAGAAAGUGUUUCAGGUCAUGAGAGUCUCGGACAGGGUUCUCCUAGUCCGAAUGGUCAUCGGCAGGACAGUGUUCGCGUUUAUUUGCGUGUAUGUGCCUCAGGUCGGCCUCAGCGAUGCUGAGAAAAACUGCUUAUACCAAAUGCUGCACAGUGCUGUUGCCAAGGUCCCGGCCUCGGAGCAGCUCAUCAUUUGUGGUGACUGGAACGGGCACACUGGCGCUGAAUCUACUGGCUUCAGAGAAGUGCAUGGUGGGCAGGCCAUCGGGCAGCGGAACACCGAAAAGGAGAGAGUGUUGGAGUUUGCGGUUGCUAAUAAGCUCGUUGUUAGCGAACUCCUGUAG